AUGCAGCAGCAGGCAAGGGCAAGGGCAGCGGCAGGGGAGGACAGCAGCAGCAGCAGCCUGCACACGGUGAACGCGGCCGCCGUCGUUCUGGCCGCCGCCGCGCAGAGCAGCACCGGCCUCGGCCUGCGCCCCAACCACCAUCAUCUCCACGACCACGACCACGACCUCUCCGCCGCCGCUACGAAGAAACGGUGGUGGUCGCGGCUGUCGUCCACGCUCUGCUUCCGCCCGCACUUCCACGCCCACCCGCGCCGCGUCAUCGCCGCAGCCUACGCCGACGACGGGGACACACCGCCACGCCCGCUCGCCGCAGCAUCCCACACAGCAUCGGCGUCGGCCUACGUGCACCAGGCCCCGCCUGCCCACCCGGUCUUCGCCUUCGCCGCGCCGCCCUCGUCGCCGGCCUCCUCGCUCUUCCAGUCGGAGGCGCCCUCACCAGUCCUCCUGGACCUCCACGGGACCGCGGGCAGCUCGCCCGGCAUGUUCGCCGUGGGGCCCUACGCGCGCGGGCCGCAGCAGCUGGUGUCGCCGCCGGUGCUCUACUCCGCGCUCACCACCGAGCCCUCCACCGCGCCGCGCACGCCCCCGGCCACCACGGGGCCGUCCUCCCCCGAGGUCCCCUUCGCGCGCUUCGUCGACGACGGAGGCCACGAGCUGCUGUUCCACCACGCGGCCUACCAGCUGCGGCAGCAGGGCAGACCCCUCGUCUCGCCGGGACCGGAGCCGGGGUCCCCUUCCUCGUCGCCGCGGCUGUUCCGGAAGCUGCACCGGCGCAGCGAGCAGGGCUCGCUUCUCGACGGCCACGUCCCCGUCGCCUCCUCGUGUCAAGGCGCCGACGCCAGGGGCAUAGACGAUGAUGAUGAGGAGGAGGAGGUGCCCGAUAGCGCCGGGGAGUUCGUGUUCGGCAAUGCCGACGGCCGUGGCGCCGCGCCGGAGGAGGAGAUAGUAGAAGGCAAGAACUGGCAUUUCUUCCCCAUGGCCACGGGUGAGCAGCACCCUAAUAAGAUACUAUGA